GAAAGGCAAUAAAAAGCCUCGCGAACAUUAGCUUCAAAGUCAUUGCCCAUGAUGCAACCUCAAUGUUAACAUCGAGCAAGUUUUGCUACUUUUCCUUAGCCUCGUUUCCAGUACUAAUGACUGCAACAGUGCUUUUGUUCUUAGCGUGCGGUUACGGUUCCAAAGGAUAAUCAUUCUUUCACCAUCCUGUCUAAUCUGUAGUGAUCGUCGUGGUGUGUUUAUGCUGUAAAAGCUCGGAUCGGUGACAGAAAACUGCAGUUAAUUGUGCACAACGUGGCUAGCGGCAGUAUUCAGUUGCCUCAAAUACCGUUACAAUUCCAUCAUCCGUUUACGGUCGAAGCCGAAGAAAUUGUAAGAAGAAGUGAUAAUACAAAACUGUAAUAGUCGUUUCAAAAGAUUCAGACACCCGAAAAAUUGGAGAUCGGAAAUUGGAGCAGCGAAACGGUGCCGGUGAUUUACCAGUUCAGUGAAUAAUUCUGAGAUUUUUAUUCAUCGAACCGAAGAAAGGCCCGUGAACAAUGAAAACACGCAUAGCAAGAGCGAUAUUAUCAACGCAUUUACUGUUGGGCCUGGCAGUGAAUCUCGCUGCCGGGCGAAUAGCAUUCGAAAAACUGACAGAUUACGAUUUCCAAGGAACGACAUAUUACAGUGUGAAAAAUCUUUCGCUUUAUGAAUGCCAAGGAUGGUGUCGAGAGGAACCGGAUUGCCAAGCAGCUGCUUUCAGUUUUGUCGUCAACCCGUUAACGCCUGUUCAGGAAACGUUGUGCCAGUUACAGAACGUGACAGCAGCUAACAAUCCCGCAAGCACGCCGCAGCGAUCAUCCAGCAUGUACUAUAUGGUAAAGCUGUUACUAAGAUCCGAGAACUCGUGUCAACGACCUUGGAAUUUCGAAAGAGUUCCGAAUAAAAUCAUACGAGGAUUGGAUAACGCCCUUAUUUAUACGAGUACUAAGGAAGCUUGUCUGUCGGCAUGCCUAAAUGAAAAACGCUUCAUUUGUAGAUCAGUAGAGUACGAUUACAAUAACAUGAAAUGCGUUUUAAGCGAUUCUGAUAGACGAACUAUCGGUCAAUCCGUUCAACUAGUCGACGCGCAAGGUGUUGAUUAUUUUGAAAACCUGUGCUUGAAAUCCAACCAAGCGUGUAAAUUUAACCGAGUUUUCCAACUACCUCGAACGGGCGUCUCGGAAGACAAGGUGUCGCAAUUCGUUGGCCUUCACUACUAUACCGAUAAAGAACUGCAAGUUACGUCCGAAUCCGCCUGCAAGCUUGCCUGUGACAUUGAAACGGAAUUCCUGUGUCGGUCGUUCUUGUUCAUGGGACAACCCGUUGGAUCCCAGUACAAUUGCCGUUUGUACCAUCUUGAUCACAAAUCGCUUCCCGAUGGACCCUCUACGUACCUCAAUGGUGAACGCCCUUUGAUAGAUGUCGGUGAACCGUCUGGAGUGUAUUACGAAAACACAUGUGAAAAAGCCGCGCCUGGAGAAAAUACAUUGCCGGUAGUUUUCGAUGCUGCAGAAGAUCAUUCAAUAACAAAUUUGACGAGAAACGAUGCUAACUGCGAUAAAACAGGAACCUGUUAUGAUGUUUCUGUCCACUGUAAAGACACGCGAAUUGCUGUGCAAGUUCGUACGAACAAACCGUUCAAUGGUCGGAUAUAUGCUCUCGGUCGCUCCGAAACGUGCAAUAUUGAUGUGAUCAAUUCCGACGCAUUCCGGCUGGAUCUGACGAUGGGAGGACAAGACUGUAACACCCAGAGUGCCACCGGUAUCUACAGUAAUACAGUAGUUUUGCAACAUCACUCGGUCGUGAUGACAAAAGCUGACAAAAUUUACAAAGUUAAGUGUACUUAUGAUAUGAGUUCGAAGAACAUCUCCUUCGGUAUGCUUCCGAUCCGCGAUCCUGAGAUGAUCCAUAUCAACUCAUCACCAGAGGCACCCCCGCCAAGAAUCCGUAUCUUGGACUCGAGAAGUCGCGAGGUUGAGACAGUGCGAAUCGGAGAUAGGUUAACGUUCCGUAUCGAAAUUCCAGAAGAUACUCCUUACGGCAUCUUCGCUAGAUCGUGUGUAGCUAUGGCCAAGGACUCGAAGAGUACUUUCCAAAUCAUUGACGAUGACGGUUGUCCUGUGGAUCCCAGCAUUUUCCCUGCAUUCACACAAGAUGGAAACGCACUACAUUCCAUCUACGAAGCAUUCCGGUUCACCGAAAGCUAUGGUGUCAUCUUCCAGUGCAACGUAAAGUAUUGCUUGGGGCCAUGUGAGCCAGCAGUGUGUGAAUGGGGUAGAGAUUCCGUGGAGUCCUGGGGCAGAAAGCGACGUUCUUUGACACGGAACGAAACCGACCUUCCAAAUGAGGAAGAAGAGGACAUGAAUAUUUCCCAGGAAAUAUUAGUGCUAGAUUUUGGCGAUGAGAAAAAUCGCGAUUUCCUACGAAGCGAAGCGAGCACGGAGUAUGGUAGAGACAAAACAGUGACCAUCAUCGAACCAUGCCCUACAAAGACCUCUGUGCUAGCGUUGGCCGUAACAUGUUCGCUCAUGGUUUUGGUGUACAUGUCUACGCUGUUCUGUUAUUAUAUGAAAAAGUGGAUCCAACCACAUAAAGUCAUGGCUUAACUGAAUAGAAAUGGAUCGGACCAAUUGGACACGGCUAUAGGAUGUAGCUUAGAAUAUUGCUUGUGCUGUAUUACCUUGAUAAGGUUAUGUUUUUCUUGAAGAUCGGCGAUAAACGUGAAAAAUCGAUCGAUAGCUGCAUGAGGGUUCCAAUUCGAGAAAUCUUAUAGAAUAAUUUGAUAUUUAUUUUAGUCUUAAGAACCCUAUUACUCCGAAAUUAAUGAGAAGCUGAGCGUGCAAAAUGGAUAAGCUAAACGUGCAAAAACUUUCGACCCUUACAUUAAUACAUAAUUAAGAUGGCCGGACUAGUUUGGUAGCUAAGUAUAUUGGAAGUAUCCAACAUUCAACACCGUGCGAUAGAACUACAAACAUUUAUUUUUUAACUAUUCAAAUGAUUGAAAAAAUCUUCUUACUGUAGUUCAACAACAGUAAGGUUCUUUUCUCAAAUUUUCCGACUUCCAAAUUAUCACGUUUUUAAGCAGAUUCCAGAUGUAGACAUUCGUAUUCCAAAAAUGUGCCAAGUCAUCGGUUUAGCGUUUUUGUCAAUGCAAUGCACAAUUUUCAUCAAACAUUGUCUCAAUGAAAAAAGUACCACCAAUUUCCGGUAAAAAUGUCUAUCGCAUUUUAGCACGAUCGUAAAGCUGACUUUGUGUUUAGGAUAAAAAAAAUCAUUAGGAGUUAAUAAGGCAUUGAAAACAGUGCAGUAUUGUCAAUCCUCUGAGUAUGAUAGAAGCUUGGGAUAUCUAAGUUUAUAUGUACAACGACCGAUAAUGCGCUUUCUAUUGGGUUAAUAAUAACGUUUAAGGAGAUAACUGGAAAUGUCAAUCUAUCAAAUUCUUCGACUGGGACCUCUUAAUCUGGUCAACCGUAAAAAUCUCGUGAUGUUUUGUUGAAAACACGAGAUUCAUUUAGUGCUUAUUUAUUUAUUUGUCAUUGAAGAAGUAAUUAAUUUAUUUAUUUAUUUGUUUUUUAUUUAUUUAUUUAUCUGUUAAGAGUUUAUAUAUUCAAUGGCUAUUAGAGAAAAAUGUGCUGAUGUUUUCAUUAUGCCCCAUUCAAAAGUUUCGUUUUAUUGUGACUUGGUUUUAGAAUCGAAUGUACAUAAUGUGGUAUACUGAAAAUCAACAAAAUGUUGUAUCGUACAUACUGUUUAAAAAAUGCAGCGAUUCCAUCGAAUCAGAAUAAAACCAUUCAUUUAAACCAUUUCAAAACUACUCCCAAUCAGUGUUUUGAAAGAUAAAGUGUUAUUAACCCAUAUAGAGAUUGCAGUAAUAGAGUUAUUUAUGUUAAAAAAUAUAGUAAUUGACAUCACAAAUGACCCGUAACUAUUACAUGAAAUCAUCAAAUUUAGGGCCGCAUUUGUCGAAAACGUAAAACUGAACAAAUUUAUUUUAAUAUCUCAUAAUCACUCAUUUAGCCUUUGUCCUAUUUUAAACGCACGACAAAUCAUUCUUGGAACCCCCUUAAAACCAGCUGUAUUUUUAUUUGUUAUAAAUAAAAAUUUUAUGCAAAACAUUCUUAAUAAAUUUACUAAAAGGUUUUAAAUAUUA